UUGUUUUCAUUCGACAUCUGUCAGAAUCGAAAGCCUCGGGAUUAGCUCCGCUAGAUUCAUAAAAGAAAAUUGUGUAGCAUUUUGUUAGUGGAAAAUAAUUGCACAAUUUAGUAAAAAUCUGUUUGAUUCACUGCUGAAUCCAUCACGACUAGAUUGAGGUACAUCUGCUGCGUUGAUCACCGCUCAAAAUUAGCUGAAAACGGUGUUGGUGUGAUAGAAAAAUCUGGAAAAUUAGAGACAAGCGGCGAACAGAAUGGCUAAGGUACACAUCACCAACGUCGUAGUUCUGGACAAUCCGAGCAGCUUCCUGAAUCCAUUUCAAUUUGAGCUCACAUUCGAGUGUAUCGAGGAGCUGAAGGAAGAUCUGGAGUGGAAGAUGAUCUAUGUCGGAUCGGCUGAAUCGGAAGAGUUCGACCAGGUGCUGGACACUAUCUACGUUGGGCCGGUACCAGAGGGACGGCACAUUUUCGUCUUCCAAGCCGAUCCUCCAAACGUGGCGCGAAUUCCGGAACAAGACGCGGUCGGAGUGACGGUCGUCUUACUCACGUGCUCCUACCGAGGUCAGGAAUUCGUUCGCGUCGGAUAUUUUAUCAACAACGAGUACAACGAUCCAGAGCUGCGAGAGAAUCCACCUGCAAAGCCACUUUUCCAGCAGAUGACCCGCAACAUCCUUGCUUCCAAACCGCGUGUGACACGAUUCAAAAUUAACUGGGACGAUACACCGGCGAACGGAACCAAUGGUACCAACGGAAUUGAGGAGGGUGGUGGUUUGGCAAUCGAAGGAGAACGGUGUGACGAUAUGCAGAUGGAACCUGGCUCGAGCGGUGUCGGGAUGAUGUCGGAAGUCACGCAAGACGAGAACAGUAUGGCUCUGCCCAGAGAAUUCAACGAAAACUCCAACUCGCUGGCGAUGGAAUGCUGAGAUAGUGGUUUCGUGAUGUCUCUGCUGUAGACUAGUUUUGUUUUUCUUUUCGUGUGCUUCGUCAAGCGUCUACGUUUUUCUUUUACUCGUUUGAAGAUAAUAGUCUUUUGCUGUGUACAAGAGUGAAUCGACAACGGGUCAAAUAGUUUUCAGAGUAGUUUUGAUCGCUGUUGUUGAUUCACUGCUGCAUUAUAAUUAAACUGAUGUGUAAAUAAUAAUUAAAUAAUAUCAUACAAAUUUAGUAAUAAAAUAUAACUGUACCGGUAUUUUUGUGAUUCAAGUA